AUGGUUAUCUUAUCGAAAUCGGAUGUUACAGGCGAACUCCGUGAUCUUGGGAUCCAAAUGAUUGCACUACCAUCACUAGAGCAUGUAACUAUGUUAUCAUAA